AUGGUUGUGGUGGCACUGAGUCGAGCAACGACACCUCUCAUUGCAUAUGCAGCUCUAAAUACGACGCUGAACGAGCUACUUCAGCACGUCCUGGAGCCAGCAAUGGGCGGCAGCUCAGCUUUUGGCGAUGCGGAUCGUCUCGGGGUCGAAUCUUUUAUCGACAGUAAUGAAGAACGCACGCUUUAUGGCAAUCGGACGCUGUACCGACGUACGACGGGAUUUCGAGGAGACCUCGCCUUUAACGUAAGUGUCAGCGACCUCGACCCCCCAAACGUCAUAGUAAUCGCAGUCGAGUCGUUCCGAUUCCAUGACUCCCACUACCUAGUGGGCGAUGAAGACCCGUCCAACUUGUUCAAGGGCAGCAACAUUACGGUCACCCCAAGCUUCGACAAGUGGGCCAAAAGAGGCAUCGCACUUCGGAAUUAUUGGUCCAGUUGGAGGACAAGUCGGUCCGUCGAGAGCCUCAUGUUUGGGCAGCUACCAUACGACAGUGUGACCAGGUCCGGCACGACAGGAGGCCAGCGCGGUACAACGUUAUCUGGAUUACCUCAGCUCUUCAAGGCGAAAGAUUACGAGACUUUCUUCACCACCGGGUGCGUGACCGACUACGACACUGAUCUAGGAAUCAAGCCAAGUGACUGGGAAGGACUCGAGCAUCGCGCACUCGACUGGGGAGUUCACGACGAUCUGACGUUUCAGCUGCUUGGCGAUUUAUUGGUGAACAAGACGAAGGCUCAGAGGUCUCGUAUGGCCAAAGGAGAAGCGAAGAAGCCGCUGUUUCUCAACCACUACACCAUAUCAAGUCACGUCAACUACAAGCAGCGAUGGCUGAAACUGGGGUCUUAA